CGCGGGCGCCGCCGACGGCCAUGGGCGGCGGCCCGGGCGGGGGCGGCGGCGGCGGUGGCGGCGCGCCGACCGUGCUCCUCCAGACGUGGGAGGCGCGCCGUAACUCUGGCGGCGCUCGGUCGGCGCCCGGCUCUCCGCCGGUCUCCAGUGACGAGGAGGGCGGCUCGCAGUGGUCGGAGGCCGACUCGGACCGCAGUCCGCCCGAGGUGGAGGUGUUCUCGGUGGCCACACAGACCCACUACGUCAGCAAGGACGUGCGCCGCGUGCCGGUAGCCGCCAAUGAGGUGUACAUGGUGCGCGUGUGCGAGCCGCCGCCGUCUCCGGGGGACGCCGCCGGCGCCGCGCCCAUCCCCGUCAUCUACGACCCGGCGCGGCCCAAACACACCCUGCAAGGUCAGCCGCCCAAGCCACCGCGCAUGUUGAACAUCGAGAGCGGCCUCGACUUCACCCGCGACCCGCCCUCGUUCUCCUCCCUGGCCUCGGGCGCCUCCUCCGAUGGCGGGGGCGGCGGCGGCGGGGGCGGCGGCGGCGGCGGCGGCGGCGGCGGCGGCGGCCGGCUCCACGAGGCCAUCAACCACGACCUGGUACUGGCUCACGAGGCGGCGCAGCGGGCCGCGCUGCAGCUGCGCUCCGGCUCGGUCGGUACAGAGGCCGAGUCCGUGCUGCGCGAGCUCGACCGCACGCUGGAUGGCGCCGGCGCCGGCGCUCAGCACGGCUUCAGCUCCGAGUUUGCCGCCCAGGUGGCCCGCGAGCGCGGCGCCGGCGGCGACUCGGGCACCGACAGCGGCCGGGGCCGCAGCGCCGAGCCGGCCAGCCCGGGCCGCCGCGAGGCGCGCACUCCUGAGAGCGGCGCGCGCAGCCCGGACAGCGAGCCACUGAGCGUGGGCAGCGGCUGCCGCAGCCCCGAGCCGCCGCCGCUCAGCGCCGCGCACCGCCAGGAGGACGCACCGCCGCCGGCGCAGAGUCCGAGCCGCCCUCCCCGGCGGAGUCCGGCGCGCCGCCCCACGAGUCCGCCGUCCCACCCCGUCAGCCCAGACAGCUCCCAUCCGUCCCACCGGCCCGCCGCCCAGCCGAGUCCACCGGCGCACCCCAGCCCACCGGCGCACCCCAGCCCACCGGCGCACCCCAGCCCGCCGGCGCACCCGGCCGCCGCGCGGCGCGUCAGCAACACGGAGAACUUCAACCUGGUGGAGGAGAUGACGGACGGCGGCCGGAGCGUGCUGGCGCGCCCGGACGACUUCGAGAGUCUCUCGUCGGGCGGCUACGACAUGGCCGAGGUGGGCGUCACCCGGUUCCCGACGCCGAGCACGCCGCGCACCACGCCGGCGGCCAGUCCGGCGCCGCGCGGCGAGUCACCCCUGUACGCGGCGCCCGAGCGGCCCCGGCGGCCCGAGCACGCCGUCGUCGUCGCCAUCGACUUCGGCACCACCUACAGCGGCUACGCCUUCAGCUUCGUCAGCAGUCCGGGCGCCAUCCACAUCAUGAGGAGGGCCGCAGGCGGUGACCCGGGCCUCAACAACCAGAAGACGCCGACGGCGCUGCUGCUCAGCCCGGCGGCCGAGUUUAGCGCGUUCGGGUUUGCCGCCAGGGACGCCUACCACGACCUGGAGCCGCGCCAGGCCGCCGAGUGGCUCUACUUCGACAAGUUCAAACUGUCCCUGCACACGGACGCCAGUCUGGGCGUGGACACCUACAUCCCGGCGGCCAACGGCCAGUGCAUCUCGGCGCUGCUCGUGUUCGCGCACGCGCUGUCGUUCUUCCGGCGGCAGGCGCUCGACGAGCUCGACGACCUGCUCGGCUACGAGAUGCCCGCGGGGCAGAUUCGCUGGGUCAUCACCGUGCCGGCCAUCUGGCGGCAGCAUGCCAAACAGUUCAUGAGGCAGGCCGCAUACAAGGCGGGUCUGUGCUCGGAGGGCCGCCGCGAGGACCUGCUGAUUGCCCUGGAGCCCGAGGUGGCCUCCGUCUACUGCCACAGUCUGCGGCUGCACGAGCUGGUGCACGAGGGCGCCGACCGGGUGUCUGUGUACGUGCCGUCGCGCGGCGAGGAGGCGCGCACCGGCGCCGCCGUCCAGAUGGUCAGAGGCACGCGCUACCUGGUGGUCGACUGCGGCGGCGGCACCGUGGACAUCACCGUGCACGAGGUGCUGGACUCGGAACACCGACGGCUCAAGGAGGUCUACAAGGCCAGCGGCGGGCCCUACGGCAGCGUCGGCGUGGACAUGCAGUUUGAGUCGCUGCUGGGCGACAUAUUCGGCGCCGAGUUCGUCGCCGGGUUCCGGUCGCGCCGGCCGGCCGCCUGGAUCGACCUGAUGGUGGCGUUCGAGGCCCGGAAGCGGGCUGCCUCGCCCGACAAGGCGUCGCCGCUGAAUGUGGCACUACCGUUCGCCUUCAUCAGCGAAUUCAAAAAGGUCCGCGGCAAAAAGGUGGAGCAGGCGGUGAAAAACUACCGGGGCGGCCAGGUGCGCUACACGGAUGGCAUGCUGCGACUCGACUCGGAGCUGAUGCAGCACCUCUUCGCGCCGACGCUCGACAAAAUCACAGAGCAAGUGGAAAGUCUGUUCGACAUGGUGUCCAACAUGCAGUACCUCUUCCUGGUGGGUGGCUUCUCGGAGUCCAAGCUGCUGCAGGAGCGGAUGAAGAGGACGUUCUCGGACAGAAUCAAAGUGGUAAUACCCCAGGAGGUCAGCCUGGCCAUCCUGCGCGGCGCAGUGCUGUUCGGCCUGGAUCCGAGCGUCAUCCAGGUGCGCCGCUGCACCAUGACCUACGGGGUCGGCGUGCUCAACAAGUUCAUGCGCGGUAUCCAUCCACAGGGAAAGCUGCUGGUUCGGGACGGCCGUGAGUGGUGUGCCGACAUUUUCGACAAGUUCGUCACGGCCGACCAGUCGGUGGGGGUGGGCGAGACGCUGCUGCGGCGCUACACGCCGGCCCGGGCCGACCAGACCACCAUCGUGCUCCACCUCUACUGCUCGCACAAGGAGAAGGUCAUGUUUGUGACGGAUGAUGGGGUGGAGAAGUGCGGAACGCUGAAACUGAUCCUGGAGGGCACUGCGCCGAGCCCAGCCAAACGGAGAGAAAUUCAGGUGCGGAUGCGGUUCGGUGACACGGAGAUUCUGGCGUCGGCCGUGGACCUGGUGUCCCAGCGCUCUGUGACGGCGCACAUCAACUUCCUGAACCUGUGAGCGGCCCUCACACACACAGAGGAGCCUCUGUCAGACGGUGCUGCCCUCUGCAGUCGGACCACGCCUGCUGCCAUCUGUCGCCGGUGUGGAAAAACAAUCAUCGAAACAUUGCUCGUGCCGCUAACAGUGUAUUAUGAGGCAAAUACUGCAUCAAACUACGUGGUCAUCUGCUGCGUUUAUCACACAUGCUGCAUCGUUGUGUGUGUAUUUGUGUGCUUGUUUCGUGCAUUGUUUCAAUGUCUGUGUUAAUUAAGACGUGAAAUGCUUAUGUCAUGAUAUUGUGCAGAGCUUGACGCCGCAUAGUAUUCUUCAAUUAGGUAUGCAACAUGCAUAGAGGCUUUAAUGAAACCAUCGUUUGACAUCAUCUUACUGACAUUUUCGUCAAACAUGAGCCACAACUUUUGUGACGUUGUGAGAUAAUAACUGACAAAAAUCCCAAGUUGAUGCACAGCUCUCACAGCAUUGGACGGUUGGUCAGCCAUGUGUUUGGGGAUCAUAACUAGUUAAUUGACAAAGACACUCCAGUAAAAUGACCCAAUGGAAAUAAGAAGUUUCGUGCGUACUGCGUACACUUCUACACUUU